AAACCGCUGUUAAACCUCACUUCUUUAUAAAUAGUCAUAUAUAGCACCCAUUGGAAAAAUACCAUUCAUCACAAUUUUCAACAUAACCAUUCUCUGAAAUCAUCAUCUUUUUUCUGCUCUCUAUCUUUCAAUUUUGUCACUAAAAAUCAUGGGUUCUGAAAAGAUCAAGAUUGGAAUUAAUGGAUUUGGAAGAAUUGGUAGAUUAGUAGCUAGAAUUGCUCUUCAAAGAGAUGAUGUUGAGCUUGUUGCUGUUAAUGAUCCUUUUAUUUCUACUGAUUACAUGACUUAUAUGUUCAAGUAUGAUACUGUACAUGGACAAUGGAAGCACCAUGAAGUGAAAGUCAAAGAUUCAAAUACUCUUCUUUUUGGUGAAAAACAUGUUACUGUCUUUGCCUCUAGGAAUCCAGAAGAGAUCCCAUGGGGUGAAGCUGGAGCUGAUUUUGUUGUUGAAUCUACUGGAGUUUUCACUGACAAGGAAAAAGCUGCUGCCCACUUGAAGGGUGGAGCAAAGAAAGUGGUAAUCUCUGCUCCAAGCAAAGAUGCACCGAUGUUUGUUGUUGGUGUUAAUGAGAAGGAAUACAAACCCGAAAUCGACAUUGUUUCUAAUGCUAGCUGCACCACAAACUGCCUUGCUCCCUUAGCCAAGGUUAUCAAUGACAGAUUUGGCAUUGUGGAGGGACUUAUGACUACUGUCCAUGCCAUCACUGCUACACAAAAAACUGUUGAUGGGCCAUCAAACAAAGACUGGAGAGGUGGAAGAGCUGCCUCCUUUAACAUCAUUCCUAGCAGCACCGGAGCUGCUAAGGCUGUGGGUAAGGUGCUUCCAUCAUUGAACGGCAAGCUAACCGGAAUGUCAUUCCGGGUUCCAACAGUUGAUGUUUCGGUUGUUGAUCUCACUGUUAGGCUUGAGAAGGAAGCUUCUUACGAUGACAUUAAAGCCGCAAUCAAGGAGGAGUCUGAAGGCAACCUCAAAGGUAUCUUGGGUUACACUGAAGAUGAUGUUGUAUCCACAGAUUUUAUUGGUGAUAACAGGUCAAGCAUCUUUGAUGCAAAGGCUGGUAUUGCUUUGAACAAAAACUUUGUUAAGUUGGUUUCCUGGUACGACAACGAAUGGGGAUACAGCUCGAGGGUGAUCGAUUUGAUCGUAUACAUGGCUUCUGUCCAAGCUUGAUCGCGCUGCUCAGAACUAUGCCAAUGUGGAGUAUUUUUGAGUUCUCUUGUUGAUGUUGUCAAGAAUAAAGUUUAAGGCUUUUGCCUGUUUACAAAGGAGAUGGAAUUAGCUCAAAGAUGUUAAUUAAGUUGUUCUGGUAGAAGUUUGUGAGCUUUUACUUUUGAAGGUGAAAGUUUAUGAACUUUAGUUUUGUAUUAUAUGGAAAUUUCAGUUAUGAUUA